ACUAUUGAUCAAUACAAUACCUAGCGUGUAUUACAUAAUACAUGCAUAGACGCAUUUUUGAGUGCCACGCCCACAUCUAAACAACCAAUCAACAGCCAAGGGGCCUCAGACCCCGCCCUACUUUUCAGUAAUCUAUUUGAUGAUAGUUAAUAACAGAAUAAGUUACUAAAUUUAGGUAAUUUUUUAAAUCAAACUUAUUUUAAACUCACCAUUAAGCAUAACAUUGAUAUAAAAAGUAGCGCUUUCGCAUCCAAAAUAAAAGUCUUUGUUCGCGUAAUAAAUUCGUGUGUGCUGUAUAUUUAUUAUGUAUAUGUAAACACACCCAUAAGUUUAUAUAUUUCAAACUAUUUUUAUGUUUUCUAAAUGUAUGCUGUAUGUGUGUGUGUUUGUAUAAACAUAAUAAAUAGACACAUAAAAAAACGUUUAGUUUGGAUGCGGUUAAUCGUCUGAAAGCGCUAAAAAAGAGAAAAUAUAUUCAAGUUUCUGGAAGAUAAACGUAAAACUACACAGAAUGUCCCGAACUGGCAUCAGGUAAGAGCUGCUGUGGGUUUGUGAGUUAAAAUGAACAAUUAUUUAAAUCAUACAAAAAUAAAAAAUGUUCGUUCAAACACGUAAAAAUGUAUUGUUUUGUCAAUGUGACUAUUUUACGAUUAUUUUAAACUGGAAUGCUACGAGUAGGUCUUCAUUUUUGGAAUCUGAAAUGUAAUCCGGACUACAUGUAAUCCAAUCAGUUACUCCGAAUAUUAAAGUAAUUCAGAUAUAUAACAGAUAUUCAAGAUUAUUUUUCUCCUUAACCCACAUCUUAUGAACGCUAAACGCUUUCGUUUAACCUUAUGUUUUUGUUCCAGGCCUACUAAUAGAUAAUCGUUAUACUCACGUUGCCUAGUUACGUUCCUUUAACGCUCCGCUGUUAAUUUGUGGGCCACGCCCACUUUAACGACGGCAGCGCGUGAAGUAUCGACGGUGAUCGGGUUCGUUUGAUCGCAGGGCGUCGACUCGGUUCGUCAAACAUGAUCGUUAGGAAAGCGUCACGCGGGAAACCCACCGGGCGCAACGUGACGCCGAUGAGAGCCGCCCCGUCCUACGGUGCGAAGCGUUUCAGAUCUAAUUCCGCGUUAAUUAUCGACUCGUUUUAAUUGUCAUUUUUGACUCCCAGGUUUUCAGAGGCGCGGUCGCCAGCUUUCUAAGUUAAAAGCUAACAAAUGCAACAAAGACAGUUUCAGAGUCGCAAAGGCCGCUGGAAGGCGUCUGAUCGGCCAGUCGUUGUUUCCCGGAGGCAGGCGAGGCGAUGCUGAGGUACGAGCGCUCUGAUGCUGACCUCUGGUUUUGAGUCUAAUAUCUGCAUGAGGACAUCCAGAAGAUGUGUGUGUGACUCUCCUCCGCUCCCAGCAGGUCGCGUCGGCCUCCAGCGCCUCCAGCCAGCUCUCCACGACUUCCUGCUGGAUUGCUUGGACGCUGAUUCUCCGGCUUCAAGCGCAGACACGACGCUUUCAUCCAUCGAGGAGUUUCGCAGAGCUGACAGUUAUGACGAGGCCGCGGCGCUUCCUGCUGGAGACGUGCUGCUCAACGCGGCGAAGAACUCGACUCUUCUGGAUCACAGCCGCGCGCAGGAUCUAACGCUGCUGCCGCCUCCGAACCUCUCCUCCAUUCUUGAGCUAUCAGUAAACCCCGCUGAAGAGAAACCAUUUUCUUUGUCACAUAUUUGCCUCUCUCCUUUACACGUGCCCUCUGAAGCCUUGGCGUCAGAUACUGCGUCAGGAUGUGCGUUAAAAUGGGCUGAUGAGAGGACGCCUAGGCUUGUAGUUCCUUCCCCCGUUGUGAAAAAGUGUUUUGCAGAAAAGGAGAAGCCUGUGAAACACAGAAAAGUGACGUUCAGUGAUGUUGUGAGCGUUCGAAACGUAUCGAGCCGUAAGCGUUGCGCGAGAGACCAGCAGGGCCCCGGAGACGUUUCCUCAGGGCCUGUGAAGUUUUUUGACUUUGCCAGCGAGCUCGAGAGGGACUCCUUCUUCCGGCGACUCCAACAGACACGCUCGUUUAUGUUUCCUGCCAAACCGGUAAUCUAUUUUGUCGUUGCACACAUUGAAAUCUAAAUGAAAUCGGUGUUCCUUUUUGCGUGCAUUUCUGUUGUGUGUAGAUAACCUCAACCUGAGAGGACUUCAGAUGAAACGAGCUUUAACGCAGACGCAUCUGACCAGCAGAGGGCGGUCUGCACCUCUACAUCGUGCUUGGUUUACGUUUCUACAAAGCUUUGCAUUUAAUUUAAUGGCCAGGCAGUUUUUAAUACCUCAACAUGGAGCACUUCUCAAAAAAACCAGAGCUGAAUGAUAUACAACUUUGGAAUGUACCAAUGCAAAAUGAAGUUAUAACAAAAUGAAAAAAGCAACGAUGCCUUUCAGUGCGCGUGGAAUAGAUUUUUACACGCUUUAAAUGGAAAGAGAAAAUAAAUGUAUGUAAAAAAAUAAAUAAAUAUUUAAAAAAUGAAUGCAGAACAUUCGUGCUGUGC